AUGGCAAUGGUUGUUAUAGUUGGUGACACGCCUGCUGCGGCAGUAUGUGCGAUCUACUUGAAGACAGCAAAUAUUGAAACAGUUCUACUACGAAGCAAAUCAGGAUACGAAUACACCUGUACAGCAGUAGCAUGCGUAGAUGACUUGGACAACUUCACCAGUAACACGUUCAAACAAGUUGAAUACCUGGGAGUGCCAGUGAUGGAGGAGACUGUUGCAUCAAUUACCAAAAAAGACGAUCAUUUUCUAAUUAAAACAGGUGAGACUGAACAUGUGGCAACUGUGGUAGUUAGUGAGACUGACCUAUUUGGGUUAUCAGGGACAGCAAACUACCACGUCAUUCUUGGGGGAGAGAAGAAGAGUGAGGCCAUUCUUCUGGCUGCAGAAGGGUGUAAGACAGCAUUCAGAAUCAAGGAAUCACUGUGA